CAACCCAAAGAACGAAGCAGAGUGGUCUCAGAGAUCUUGAGCACCUCUACUCCAACAGAAUGAAAUACACACAAUAUGUUUUCCUGGCCUCACUCUUUUCCACUGUUGAAUAUAGCCUGGCUCAGACCUGUGCAGUGGAGUCUUUUGCUGUGAAAGACAAUUUUGAUCCGAAAAGGUAUGCAGGUAAAUGGUAUGCCCUGGCCAAGAAGGAUCCAGAAGGCCUUUUCCUUCAGGACAACAUCUCUGCUGAAUACACUGUGGAGGAAGAUGGCACAAUGACAGCAUCAUCCAAAGGCCGAGUCAAGCUUUUUGGGUUCUGGGUGAUCUGUGCUGACAUGGCUGCUCAGUAUACCGUACCUGACCCAGCCACUCCAGCAAAGAUGUAUAUGACCUACCAGGGACUGGCCAGCUACCUCUCCAGCGGUGGGGACAACUACUGGGUGAUUGACACCGACUAUGACAACUAUGCCAUCACCUAUGCUUGCCGCAGUCUGAAGGAGGAUGGCUCCUGUGAUGAUGGCUACUCCCUGAUCUUCUCACGCAACCCCCGUGGCCUGCCCCCAGCCAUCCAGCGCAUCGUGCGCCAGAAGCAGGAAGAAAUCUGCAUGUCUGGCCAGUUCCAGCCUGUGCUUCAGUCAGGGGCCUGCUAAAAGAACCUUUAAGCACAGGAACCAGACCUCUUGGUCUUGAAGUUGCCACUCGGCUAAUAAGAAAAGAAAAUCUUAGUAUUGAGUAGUGUGUUUGUCCUGAAAAACACAUGAAAAUCUUGGGGAUUCUGUAAACUGUGUGCAAUGCAGUACAUCGAUAGCUGAAUUUUCAAGGGAAUACCGUGGCAUUUGUCAAUAAACGUUUUUAAAAA